CCGCGUCACCGCGGGGUCCCCUGACCCUCACGUGAGAAAUGUCGACGCCGCGUCGGGCGGCCGAAGCCGCCGUGGCGGAGGCGGACGCCCUGAUCUCGCUGCCGACGGGCGUCCUCGACGACAUCCUCGACCGCGUCGGCCUCCGCGACGCCGUCCGCACGUCGGCGCUCUCCCGCGCCUGGCGACGCCGCUGGGAGGACCUCCCGUCCAUCGACUUCUACUUCCCCUGCCCCGACGAGACCAAGCAUCUGAGGGCAGUCGACAGCGUGCUCCUCCGCUGUCCCGGCCGCGUCCGGCGCCUCUGGGCACACCUGGACGAGCCCUCCGCAGGCCGCAUCCACGACUGGCUCCUCGUCCUCUCCCGCCGGGGCGUCGACACCCUCAACCUCAGGCCCAGCUCCUUCGACGCCGUCCUCGCGCUCCCCUCCUCCGUCUUCGCCUGCCGCCGGCUCACCAACCUCCGCCUCCACGCCUGCGCCAUCCCGCCCCUGCCCGCGGGCUUCGAGGGGUUUCCGGAGCUGAGGAAACUUGCUCUCACCUGCGUCCGGUUCCGGGAGAACGGGGAGUACCAACUGGAGGAGAUCAUCGCGACGUCGCCCUCGCUUGAGAAGCUGGUAUUCUGGGAGGUGAAAAUCCUGGGCGACUUCAAGGAGUGGGUGAUUCAGGGGCCCAAUAUCCAGGACAUACAGAUCAGUUCGUCCAAAGAUUUGGGCUGGAUCCUUGGGGAGCUUCCGUCCCUGCACUCUGCCAACAUUGAUACACUGGACUAUUUAGGGGGCCGCGAUUUCGCCAAAUUCCUCGCCGGCUUUUCGAACAUUACCAAGCUUGUGAUAUGUACUCGGCAUUCACCGUUAAAUGGGGCUAUAAUACUAGAGAGGCUUCAAUGCAAAUGUGGUAACUUAAAGAGCUUGACACUAUAUACACAAUUUUGUGAGCUUGCCUCCAUUCUAUCAACCUAUUGCUUACUAAGGAAUGCCCCAAACCUUGAAAGACUCAAAAUACUGAUCGACAAUAGUGCCGAGCAGAAAUUUGAGGCACAUGAAGAGUUUCAAAAUUCACAGUGGACCGGUGGCAUGUGUGCCAACCUUCAGUUCAUGCAGAUGACUGGUAUUCAUUGGCUUCCAAAUGAGAUGACUUUUAUAGAGCUUAUUCUCUCUAAAGCAAGGCUUUUUCGCACAUUAUUUAUUACUCAUGGUGAGAAUUGCUCAAUGUCGAAUGAGGAUGCAAUGAACAAGAUACUAAGUUACAGAAGAGCUUCGACCUGUGCCGAGAUUAUGUUUAAAGGGAAAACCAGUGUCACAUUUUUUCGCAGCUGAAGCCUGCGUGUAUGCAGAGCUGUCUCACCGGAAUGCAUCCAGAAAAUCGCUUUCCCAAAUCACUGGCAUAGUUCUGUGUCCUGAAAGAAGCUUGCUUAUGUCACUGGCACAAAAUUUGUGAUAUACUUCAGUGCAGUAGCUUG